AUGGAGGCUCUGAGGUCCGCGGUUCAGCGCUUUUGGGACCCCUCCCCCCCCCGCCCCUCCCCCACCCCGGCCCGGCCCUUCUGGGUCAGCCCCGGGGGGGUGGGGGAGGGGCGGGCCCGGGUGGGGGAGGGGCGGCCCCGGGGGGUCCUGGCGGCGACCCUGGGGGAGCUGCGCGAGCAGGUGAGCUCGGUGCUGGCGCUGCCCCCUCCUCUCUCGCUGGUCCUGGCUGAGGACGGGACCCUCCUGGAAAACGAGGAAUUCUUCGGGACCCUCCCCCCACACACGGCCCUGCAGGCCCUGGGGCCGGGACAGCGCUGGGAGCCCCCCCAGGACCCCCCGAGCUGGGAUUUGGGGGGGGGUCCCGGGGGGCUCCCCCAGCCCCAAAUUCGGGGGCUCCGUUUGGACCUGGGGGGGUUCGGGACCGAGCGGCUGCUCAGGGAGCUGCUGCGGUGGCUGGUGUCGCUGUCCCGGGCCCUGGGCCAGGCCCUGCUCGGGGUCUCGGGCGCCCUCCGGCCCCUCCUGGAGGGACCCCAGACCCAGCCUGGGGAGCGCUGACCCCGCCCCCCGCUGUGGGA